AGAGAAAUAAAAAUUUAUCACAGUUCCAAAUAAUGAUGUAGGAAGCAACAACAAGUAGUUGUGGCUUCCUCAUAUCUAUGACCAAACUUUUAGGUCAAGAGGUCGUGAAUAAUCACAGUAGUCCUUGUGUACUCCGUAGUGUCAUCACUUUUUAGGGCUGCACAGGCAAUACAAAUCAUAUUAUUCAUAUAACCAGCCAUGCCUCUGAUUUUCUACUACAUGGAUGUCAGUCCACCAGCUCGAUCUGUAGACUUGGUCAUACACGAACUCGGCUUGACUGUUCAAUAUAAGAUUGUUGACCUGUUUAAGGAUGAACAAUUGGAUCCAGAUUACUUGAAGGUAAAUCCUCUCCAUACAAUCCCUGCCAUUGAUGACAACGGGUUUGUUCUCUGGGGAAGUCAAGCAAUAAAUACUUACUUGGUAUCCAAAUAUGGCAAGGAAGAUUCUCUUUAUCCCAAAAACCUCCAGAAGAGAGCAAUUGUUGACCAAAGGCUGCACUACAGCAACGAUAUUUUCUACGUGUUGAAAGAGACUGCUAGAACUUUGUUGCGGGCUGGUAAGAUACCAUUAUUAGAGCUGUUUCCAAAAAUCAAAGAGAUCCAAGAGAACGUGGAGAAGUUGCUGACAGGACAAAGGUUCAUAGCUGGAGACACUCUGACUGUUGCUGACCAUAGCUAUGUUACUUAUAUGGACGUAUUUGAGGUGUUGUCCCCAACUGAAGACAAGUUCCCACUGACAAAACAAUGGUUUGCCCGCUGUAAGGAAACAAUGAAGGAUUUCGAGAAAGUCAACAAGAACGGCGCUGAUCUUUUGAUUUCCAAGCUGAUGGAAAGCCUUUCUCAGGGUUGAUAAUUUUAAUAAUGUGUAUUAGAGCUUGUAUACGUUUACCCUUCCUAAUUAAUAAUGAAAUAGAAAUAGUGUAGCUAAAAAUUUAUAUAUUUUUUAUUAUUCCUGAUAAUUAGCAAUGGAACAUCUAAUUUUCU